AUGUCGAUGGAGUAUUGCGUGGUUGUUGAUGAGAGGCUAGAGGAUUUUGACCCCGAGGGAAAGAGCUUCCAGCGCCUGGGCAACUCUCAGACGGCCAAGAUAAGCUUCGGCGGCAAAUCCAUUGUUCUGACCAGUGGGCUGGCAUGGUGGUCCUACAAGUGCGAGGUGCCUUGGACUGGCUUCCCUGGAAGUUGUGGCAUAUGGGCCUGCAACCAUCCCAAUGAGCAUACUCCAGACCGCAUCUAUGUGCGCAUGGCUGACAUGGAUGAGAUUCCAGUGACAAAAGUUCUGUUGGCAUCGUACAGCAAGAUUGGUGCUUAUUGGUGUGUUUCGUUGCACUAUGCAACAACGAACCAACUGUGGCUGCAGCUCAGGGCACCACUGAAGCAGACUUGGAAAGACUUCCUCCUCAGCUCGGUGUGGGAACGAUUUCAGAAGGAUGUCAAGGAAAACGUCAGCAAUCAGUGCUUGUUUCGAAUUCUGCUGGGCAACAAUAUCUUGACUGCUGAAGAUCGGCGCACUAUGGAGGAGAUCUUCGUGCAGCAGAUCUUUGUGAGUGUGGUGAACGGAGCUAGCGAGCAAAAUGAGGAUGGGAACCAGAUGGGUGCAGCGUGGGAACCUGCAGAGGCUGAGAAUGGCGAGGAUGGCAAAGUCAAGGAGAACACGAAGGUGCCGAAGAAAGCGGCGACGCUGCAGAAGGCGACCAAGGCGAAGAAGGGGGCAAAGCAGCCGAAGCCGGCGGCGGCGCAGAAAGAACCAACCGCUGCGCUGAAAAGGCCGUCUGCGGCGAAGAGCCCGGCUAAACCGCUGAAGAAGCCGGCUGCGGCGCAGCGCCGCCGCUGA